AUGGACUCUCCUCAGUUCAAGGACCAGAGCGUCAAUGGCAAAGAUGCCUCCAACCCAGAGAGCGCUCGCGGCUUCCAACCACGACAUGGCGAGAAUGGCGUCAUCAAGGUGCAGCCUCCCCGUCGCGAAGAUCUACAGCCCAGCUAUGCGCAAAUGCUUCAGGGCGACACCGACGAGGUCACCCACGGCUGGUAUGGUAGCAUGAUCAACAGCCUCGGUUCCUGCGUGGGUUUCUUUGGCGCUGUCCCCUGCUGCAUCGUCUGCCCCAACCCAUACAAGCCCGUCUCGCAGGGUAACGUUGGCCUCGUCACGAAGUUCGGCAAGUUCACCAGAGCUGUCGACCCUGGUCUCGUCAAGAUCAACCCUCUCUCCGAGCGCUUGAUCCAGGUCGAUGUCAAGAUUCAGAUCGUGGAGGUGCCUCGCCAGGUCUGCAUGACCAAGGACAAUGUCACACUCAACCUCACCUCAGUCAUCUACUACCACAUCACCUCACCUCACAAGGCCGCCUUCGGUAUUUCUAACAUCAGACAAGCCCUUGUGGAGCGCACUCAGACCACACUUCGUCACGUUGUCGGUGCCCGCGUUCUGCAAGACGUUAUUGAACGCCGUGAAGAGAUCGCUCAGUCCAUUGGCGAGAUCAUUGAGGAUGUGGCUAUGGGCUGGGGUGUCCAGGUUGAGUCUAUGCUCAUCAAAGACAUCAUCUUCUCGAACGACCUCCAAGACUCCCUGUCCAUGGCUGCGCAGUCCAAGCGUAUUGGUGAAUCCAAGGUCAUUGCCGCUCGUGCUGAAGUCGAGUCCGCCAAACUCAUGAGACAGGCCGCCGACAUUCUCAGCUCGGCACCCGCAAUGCAGAUCCGUUAUCUCGAGGCUAUGCAAGCUAUGGCCAAGACUGCCAACAGCAAGGUCAUCUUCCUCCCUGCGGCAAACCAGACCAUUCCCGAGAAGGCUAUGGCACAAGCACUCGACAACGGCGAAGGCCCAAGCAACUACCAGUCCAAGCAGAGCACCGGCAACGCCUUUGAUCUCAGCCCUAACGACGGCUUUCAGCAAGCAAUGAAUGCUCGAGUGAUUGAGAAUAUCUAA